AUGCUCGACACGGCGAGCGAGCACUCGAGUCUCGAUACGCUCGAGCUAGGCGGACGCUUGUCACAGCUGUCUCGAGCCAAAGGGGCCGUCGCGCUCAAUGGCGUGCACCACGUGCGCAUGUACACAACCUACAAGCUCGAGGAGCACGUGACUGUCUACGUGCUCGACGUGUUCUUGCAGGCGACACCGAGGGGGUUGCCCAAGACAACAACAGCAACAACGACAACGACAACGGGACGUGUGCCCACGCGUAGACAGAGCAAGCACCAACGCAGGCGGUUCGACGUGAAAGAAGAGGAGGCCGAAGCCGGUCCGGCCGACUACCAGGUGGAGCACCGCUACUCGGCGUUCCGUGCGCUGCGCGAGCGCGUGCGCGAGACGGUUGCCGCCCCCAAGGACAAGUCGCAUCCCUACUGGUGUCCCUACUGUUCGCGCGUGCGCGAGUUGCUCGGGUCGGUCGCGUUCCCAUGUCGGGUCCCCCACAGCGGCUGCUUGGCCCUAGUCACGAAGUUCCUAUCCACUACACUCAUUCGCAGGCGCGAGCAGCGCUUGGGUGUGUUUAUCAACGAGCUACUGCGUGCGGCAAAGGACGUGUCGUAUCGGUCCGGUUGUCGUCCAUGUGACCGGUUUGAAGCUGUUUCGAGGACAUUGAGCGACUUUUUCACGCCAGCGACAACGAGGCCGACCGGAACGGACAGGAACGCACGUUUGUAG